AUGGGAACUAUCAAUUGGGGAGAAUUAUUUCCAGGAAGAUGGAGCCUUGUCAUUUUUAUUUCUUAUAUGGCCCUUUUUGUGAACCAAGGCAUUAUUGUAACCUGGUCACAGAGAAAUGGGCACUAUGAAUACAAUAUUGUUAUGGUAGUAUUGAUGACAGAGGUGUUAAAAUUGAUUGCUUCAGUAAUAUUGUACUGCAAAGACAAUAGCAUUAUUAGCCUUUGGAAAGAAGUUACACGUAACAAAAGAGUGCUACUACUAUAUACAAUACCUUCGUUUUUAUAUUGUCUAUACAACAAUCUGGCGUUUAUCAACUUGGCUGUAUUUGACCCAACAACUUAUUAUGUACUCUUACAAUUUCGUGUUGUUAUGACUGGAAUUAUUUUCCAGGUUGUUUUCAAUAAAAAGCUAUCAUUAAAACAAUGGUUUUCACUGAUAAUACUAACCAUUGGAUGUAUGGUGAAGCAUGUAGACUUGGAUUUCAGUGCCAACAUGUUUAGUACUAAACUUAAUUUAAACAGCAAUAUAAUGCUCAUAUUUGUACAGACAAUUUGCUCCUGUCUGGCUGGAGUGUAUAAUGAAUACCUGCUGAAAGAGCAAGGAGCAAAUAUCAAUAUGUUUGUACAGAAUGUAUUUAUGUACAUUGAUAGUAUUUUUUGUAAUCUUAUAGUGUUUGCAGUAUUAUAUAUCUCAGACAAUAGUACAUCGGACAUGUUUAAUAACGUUGAUCCUAGUAUACUAUUACAACCAAAAGUCAUCAUAAUUAUGCUCAAUAAUACAGCAAUUGGAAUAAUCACAAGUUUCUUCCUGAAGAACUUGAACUCUAUAUUAAAGACUUUUGCUAGUGCACUAGAAUUGGUAUUCACUGCAGUCUUAUGUUGGUUGAUAUUCAGUAUUCCUAUCCUUGUAAACACAGUAAUUUCUAUUACUAUGGUGAGUUAUGCAGUCAUAUUGUAUUCACAAAAUCCAGUACAAAACACUAGAACCAAAGAUCGCCCUCUCUUAAAGGUUGAUAGCAUAGUUUAA